CACAAUGUGUGCGGAGACAUCGUCGAUAUUCUCCUAUCUUCGCAACGUGGACAUAUUAUUGUUAGACGAUCUUUACUCACAUCCUCCCACUUGCCUCGUGGUGUUCAGAGAGCUUCCUGAGUUGGCCAAGCACAUAGUUGCUCGACUACUUUUUGUUGAACAACCUAUUCCCAAAUCCAUUGUUUCGGGAUGGGCCGAGAAAAGCUACCAGCCUCAGUUGGCUAAGGCAUGCGAUGCUUUAUCUGAUUUGCACAUAUGGCACUCUGCGGACAGCAAUGUCGCUCGAGGCUCGUGGUGUCUAAAUAAAAAAUAUCAAGAAUCCAUCCGAAUUUCUCUGUUCGGUGGUGGGCAGCCCUCCUUGAGUGAUCUGGGUUCAACCGUUUUGGACAAAUAUGCGAAAGAUGUCAAGUUCUUAUAUACUUAUGCAACCGAGCGCUGGGAUGCCUUACUACACUUCAUGGUGGGCUCUGAGUCAUCUGAGGUAGGUGUUGCCGUGCGGGAUGUGCUGCUUAUGUCCAACCUUAUGAAAACCGGUGGUUCAGACAACUCUAUCGGCAUCACCAAACACGGUUUCCAUUUUUUACUCAUGAACCGUCGCGAUCAAGUCCGUUUGUUUUUGCUGCAUUAUUUCAGCUACUUGAAGGAAACGAAUAAAAACCUAGUCGCGGCUCUGCAGUUUGUAUUUCAGCUCAGUUUUCUUUCGCUUGGAAAGAGCUACCCCGUGGAUUCUCUCACACCGACCCAACAGGAAGUUCUGCAGCAGAUGCGUGAGCUUGGCUUGGCAUAUCAGCGCAAGCGUACUGCCCCUCGAUUUUACGUCACACAACUCGCCGUUGGCUUGAUCGGGUCUCACUCAGAAUCCUCUGUCUCAGUGUCUGCUGACUGCGCAAUGGAACUAACUCCAGGAACCAUCCCUAGCGGGUUUCAUGCCUCUGAUAGCUCUGAAGUUGGCUACAUUAUUUUGGAGACAAACUUCCGGCUGUAUGCUUACACAGACUCUCCAUUGCGCACUGCUUUACUAAGUCUGUUCAGCAGGAUUAGAGCUCGCUUUCCUAACCUGGUGGUGGCCGAUAUCACCCGCGACUCAGUGCGCGAUGCACUUGUCCGUGGCAUCACAUCUGAUCAGGUAAGCUUCCAUAAUUUUCUCCGGUUAACCGUAUCGCCUUCAUUCCUUCUCAACAGAUAAUAUCUUAUUUGAAAACGAACGCCCAUCCGGACAUGUUACAUCAGCCACCUGUGUUACCACCCACCGUUGUGGACCAGAUUCAUUUGUGGGAGCUGGAGCGGGACCGAUUUUUGUUCCAGGAGGGUUGUCUGUAUGAGCAAUUCUCUAAAAGCACGGAUUUCGAGGUUGUCCGGGAUUACGCCAAGAGUAUUGGUGUAUUGCUGUGGGAGAAUCCUGAAAGACGCUUGAUGGUUGUUUCAAAAAGCGGACAUGAAGAUGUUCGCAAGUUCUGGAAACAGAAGCGACCCUCUUAAUGUGCAAACUGGGACGUUGAGCUGUACUUGUGCCGCAUUGUGGCACUAUGUCUUUCCAAUAAACCUUUUUUGUACCGU